GACAUGUCAAAAAAAGAUCUAUGAAAACCAAGUGGAGUGAUAGUAUUAGAGAAUCCACAUUUGAUGAAGAUUCUUCCUCUCUAGAAGAUGAGGAAAAAUUUACAGCUUUCAUAGGCUCACAUUCUUAUCCCCUUAGAGAAACUUCAAGAAGUGUAGUUGAAGAAGAAGGUCUAAGUUCGGCCAUAGAAGUAGAUGACUUAGUUGUUGAAGUCACCUCAAGAAAGGAUGACAUGGGUAGCGUUGAGGAUCUACAAGAUGCAUUUGAUCAAUUAGACCCUUCAUAUGGACUCAGUGGAUUCCAACACCCAGAUUUGUGGGCUUGUUGA